AGAUCUUGACCCCCCCAAUGUCCAGCACAAAGUUACGCCCAUGACUUUGUGACAGUAAUUACACGCUUCAGAGGAAAAAAUAUAGCGAGUACAGUUUUCUAAAACCCCAUUACUUGCAUCACAUAAAGUCUACUCAUGCCAGCCACCUGCUGUGAGGUCAAUGUGUUCGCAUCAUCACACCACUGACAGCUUCCUCAGGGUGGUGCUGGUAGGUCCGCACAGCCAGUUACCACUGGGCAGCCUGCGCUUUCCAGAUUUCUUUUGGAAGGCCAGCAGCGCUUUUAAUUACAGGUAGUGCGCCUUAAUCAUCAGAUUAUAGAGCAUGUGUAUUUGCAUCAAACAAUGGGUCUUUGUGGCAGGACUGUUAUUAAAAAGAAACCUUCCACACAUGGUGUAAAUAUAACUGCACGUGGCAGGACCUUGUUUGCGAGCGUGUAUCACUGUUUUUUUUUUUUUUCUUUUAUUACCACCGGACUUCAGGUUGUGGCCACAAUAACAAAUUCAGGUGUGGGUGGAAAUGUUGAGUCAAGGGAAUGAGAGAAAUGAGCCAAUAAUUCAAUAGCAAAGGUGUAAUCACCGAGCAGAAGACGGUGCACACAUUUAGUUGGGAAGGGGAAGAUUUACUGGUUACAGACUCACUGUGGUCAAGUCUCAAGUUUGACCACUGAACCUGAAAUGGGACUUCUAUGCUUCUUUUAGAUAGGAAAAUCAAAAUAACUUCUUCGCAGUUCAGAAUCAUCAUUUAUUUUAUACUGGGCCUUGUAGCAGCCCCUUAAUUCAUCCUCUGUCAAGUAACAAGUUGCAGCUCCCUUCUAGCUUUCUUUUAGCCAGCUUUCUUCUGACUGGCCACCCUUUACAAACACAGGGUUUGAUCAGCAGGUGGGGGUUCUGUGCUCACAGCUAGAGCUGUAUUUCUGCUGGUGAGAAGUAGAGUGCUGCAAGAAUUACAUUUUACGAGGAGGAUCCAGAAUGGUAUAGCAUCCCCAUUGUUCCAUUAAUAAAAGAGGGGAUUCGGAUCAUUGCAGUAAAUAAGCAAACACAAUGGUGGGAAGUAAAAAGGCUAACCAUGGGUUGUAAAUUAACUAAAGCCUCGACAGACGCUUGUUAUUGUAUGCACACUGUUGUGAACUGUGUUGUGGAAAUGAUUUAUGAUAUCCGGGUUCCUGUGAAAUACACUGGCAUUGAGUUCCAUGACUCACAAACGCUGCAAACAAACGCACGUGUUCGACUCUUUCACACAUGUUGACACAAGCGCUGAAAAUACAGUAAAUCCAUAAAUCACUUAUGUUUCCAUGCUGCCAAAUCGGGUGUGCUCCGUGGCUUUCAGAGUCUGAACUUGAGCGAUUUUGAGCGGAGAACGACCGGGUGGGGUUGUAUCGGUGGAGCAGCCUAUAAAUAGCCUGGCUGCAUGAAGCUGCAUAAAGCUGCACGUGCACCGGGAUGGCCGGGAUGUCUCCGUCAGGGCGUCCGAACACGGUCCGGCUUGUGUUCCUGGGAGCAGCGGGGGUUGGCAAGACCGCGCUCAUCCACCGAUUCCUCCACGACGGAUUCGAGCACAAGUACACGCGCACUGUCGAGGAGCUUCACGUGCUCGAGUAUGACACCGCGGGCUCUGAGGAGAAGAUGCGGCUGGAGAUACUGGACACGAGCGGCAGCUACUCGUUCCCAGCUAUGCGGGAGCUCUGCAUCCGACACAGCGACGCCUUCGCCCUGGUGUACGCGGCAGACGAGCCUGGCUCCUUCGAGGAGGUGCGUCGACUGCGCGCCGAGAUUCUGGAGCUGCGCGGCGGCGGCAGGAGCGCGCCCAUCACCGUGGUCCGCAGCAAAGCGGAUCUGACCGAGAGCGAAGGUCGAGCGCCGGUUGCCGGUGACGCCAUGGCCACAGUGGAGGCUGAGUGGGGCGCAGACUUCGUGGAGGCGUCCGCGAGCACGGGCAGAAACGCGGUCGGGGUGUUUAGCUCGCUGCUGCAACAGGUGAACCUGCCGGCACAACUGAGCCCCGCGGCGUGGACACGCAGAGACACCGUGCCUAGGCCCCGAGCUAGGAAGAGACCCUCGCUGAAGAAGCACCACAGCUGUGUUCUGUCGUAGAAACAGCUGCAGCUGGACUGCGCCUGCUCAGUUUCACACCUGUUCAUGGGUGAAGGCUCCUCGGGUCUUUAAUGUGUCUGAAAGCCACGGGGCCUGUAAUACUCAUAGUUUACGGGCAGCAAACGGGAUGAUGCACUUUAUUUGAGUCCUAUUUUGUGUGUACAUUUUUAUAUGGUGUCAGUAAAAUAACUUUGUUCUAAAA